CCUAAAAAUAGGACAUUAACGGCAGGAAAGAGAAAUUCACACUUUAUGGGAAGCCAAAAGAGGCAAAGAAUUCUGUAGGCGGGGCUGAUUUCUCCGUUUCCUCCCAUCACUAUCCUGGCGUCCUGUGAGUGCCACCUCUUUCCAUCUGGUACUUCCCCAAACUGCCAGCCCUUUUACUGCCAACUCUUUCCUAGAUUCUAGAACUUGGGUUUCAAGGGUGUCUCCAGAUAUCCUUCUGAUGCCUGUUACCUUUUAUGUUGUCGCUUUCCCUUCUAGGGCACACUCUGGUGGAGUGGAACAGUUUGACUGCUGCCUCCGGAGAAGCAUUUACAAGAAUAAGUUUGAGUUGACAUGUGUGGGACCUAGCCAGGUGAUUGUGAAGAACCUGUCAUCGGGGACCUGGGUGGUACUCAAGUCACACUAUGGCUACGAGGUGGAAGAGGUGAAAAUCCUCAGAAAGGAACGUUACCUGGUGGCCCACACAUCAGACACGCUCCUGCUGGGGGACCUGAACACUAAUCGCCAUAGUGAGGUGUGCAUGAUCUUCAAUGCUGGAGAGCUAACCCCGGUGGAAUAUGGGCGUCAUGAUACCUUGGGUUCUGUGCGUACUGAAUUCAUGAACCCCCACCUCAUCAGUGUCCGUAUUAAUGAGCGGCGUCAACGAGGGAUGGAAGACAAUAAGAAAUUGGCUUAUCUUGUCGGUUAA